AUGAACAGCUACAGCCUAUUAACCAGAUCUUUCCACGAAUCUUCUAAGCCACUUUUUAACAUAGUUAGCACCCUGUUGAAGGCUUCCAAGAGAACGCAACUCAGAAAUGAAUUGAUAAAACAGGGUCCUAAAAGGCCCACUUCUGCUUAUUUUUUGUACUUGCAAGAUCACAGAAGCCAAUUCGUUAAGGAAAAUCCAACCUUGCGCCCAGCUGAAAUUAGCAAGAUUGCUGGUGAAAAAUGGCAAAAUUUGGAAGCUGACAUAAAAGAUAAAUACAUUUCUCAAAGAAAGAAGCUAUAUUCUGAAUACCAAAAGGCCAAGAAGGAAUUCGACGAAAAGCUUCCUCCAAAAAAACCAGCUGGUCCCUUCAUCAAGUAUGCCAACGAAGUUCGUACCCAAGUUUUUGCAGAACAUCCUGACAAGUCUCAAUUGGAUUUGAUGAAAAUUAUCGGAGAUAAAUGGCAAUCCUUGGAUCAAAAAAUUAAGGAUAAAUACAUACAAGAGUAUAAAAAGGCUAUUCAGGAAUAUAAUGCUCGUUUCCCUCUCAACUGA